CUCGUGAGUCACAUUGAUUCGUCAGUUCUGCGAUCAUUCAGCAUCAUGCCUGAACCAGCCAAGUCCGCGCCUAAGAAGGGCUCCAAGAAGGCCGUCACGAAGACCGCCGGUAAGGGAGGAAAGAAGCGCAGAAAGUCCAGGAAGGAGAGCUACGCCAUCUACGUGUACAAAGUGCUGAAGCAGGUUCAUCCUGACACCGGCAUCUCCUCCAAGGCGAUGGGCAUCAUGAACUCUUUCGUCAACGACAUCUUCGAGCGCAUCGCCGGUGAGGCGUCUCGUCUCGCUCACUACAACAAGCGCUCCACCAUCACGUCGAGAGAGAUCCAGACCGCCGUGCGUCUGCUGCUGCCCGGUGAGCUGGCCAAACACGCCGUGUCUGAGGGCACCAAGGCCGUCACCAAGUACACCAGCUCCAAGUAGAGUCCCCGAGACUCCCACACACCCAAAGGCUCUUUUAAGAGCCACC